AUGCUGCGGUUGGUGGCAGCCUGCCCUGCAUCAUGUUCAGUGUGCACCAAAGAUGUAACCCUCUGUCACCAGCUAUCCUAUAUAGUAGCAGCCCCUGUGACCACGCGAGUUUUGAUCAUCACGGACGGGUCCCUCUCCUCUAUAGGGAGCACAAACCUGUCUCUCCUGUUUAAUCUGGCCCUGCUGUCCCUGAGCAGGAACGGCAUUGAGGAUGUCCGGGAAGACGCCCUGCACGGCCUGUCCAGGCUGCGGACGCUGCUGCUGCAGCACAACCGCAUCUCCAGCUCUUCGCUCACCGACCGCACGUUCAGCAGGCUGGGCGGCCUGCGGGUGCUCGUGCUCAGCAACAACGCCCUCCGCACGCUGCGCGGGUCCUGGUUCAGACACACCCUGGGCCUGACGCGGCUCCAGCUGGAUGGGAACCAGAUCACUGACCUGACAGACAGUUCCUUUGGAGGCACACAUCUCCACAGCCUCAGGCAUUUGGAUUUAUCGAACAACUUUAUUUCCUACGUGGGGAAGGAGGCCUUCCGACCCCUGCCCCAACUGCAGGAAGUGGACCUCUCCCGAAACAGGUUGGCCCACAUGCCCGAUGUGUUCACUCCACUGAAGCACUUAAUCCUUCUGAGCUUAGAUAAGAACCAGUGGAGCUGCACUUGCGAUCUCCACCCUCUCGCCCGGUUUUUAAGAAACUACGUUAAGUCUUCUGCUCGCAAGCUCAAGAAUGCCAAGGACCUAAAUUGUCAGCCGUCCACCAGGGUGCCGGCCGGGGCCGAGAGUGUGCUGAGGCUGCCUGACACCAGCUGUGACUCCAAGGCUUCCAACCUCACUCUGGUCCUAAAAGACAGAAGUCCCCUCCUCCCGGGGCAGGAUGUGGCCCUGCUGACUCUCCUUGGCUUUGCAGGAGCUGUUGGCCUCACUUGCCUAGGUUUAGUUGUAUUUAACUGGAAACUCCAACAAGGCAGAGCAAAUGAACAUACAUCAGAAAACCUUUGUUGCAGAACCUUUGGUGAAUCCCUGUGUGCUCAUGAGGCAAGAAAUUACCACGCUAAGGGAUACUGUAACUGCCACUUAACUCAGGAAAACGAGAUAAAGGUCAUGUCCAUUGUGGGGUCCAGAAAGGAAAUGCCACUGUUCCAGGGAAACAGCCAUCAAGCGGCGCUGACCUCGGAGUCCACAGCCCUUGACGGACCAUUUAGAAACCUGAAAGGGAAGGCUCAGGAGGCAGGCAGCGCUUUCGUCUGCCUUGGGGGCCGAUUGCUGCGGUCGGGAUGUUCAGAGCCUCCUGGGAACAUGGCAGCUUUUAAUGAAGCAGGCUUACUUGCAAGAUAUUGUCCAAAGAGAGCUGAAAAUCUAAGGAAUCUUGAGCCUGGGGAAGUCCAAGCUCAGACUCUGCCACAGCUUGCAACCAGAACAAUAGAUAUCAGCAGUGACACAUUUAGUAGAAGAUAUGCAACACCCGCUUCAGCCUUGGCAAGAGAGAGUCUUGAAAAGCCUUUAGCAAAUGGAUCAUGGCAGCCUCCAAUAGGAAAAGAAGACAAUGGCUUACAACCUCGCAGGCAGCGACGUUAUAUUACAAGCUCAUCAUCCGAGCCUCGUAAGCCUGAGGAACACUACCUACAAAAGGUCUUACAAAAACAUAGCUCAAAAUAUGUUGGUCCUUGUGAACUGUUGAAACAGAGCAGGCCUAGGUAUUUUCAGCCCAAUAAUUCUCUUAUCUGUAAAUAUGUGCUUUAUGACCAAUUUAAUGAUUAUGCGAAAGAAAAGAAGCCAAGUCGAGAACAUUCAAAGUCCGAGAAAGAGCAAACCCAAAUUUAUAGAGCAAUAGAACAAUUUCUUACGGAUGAGGACAACAUGGAGUUACCAGGGUUAUCAACAAAUACCAAGAAACCAUAUUUCCCUAAGAGUGUUAGCUUCCAUGAUUCUGGUUUAGUUGAAAAAAAUAGGUUGGUGAUGUCAUCCAAAACAUCAACCCAUUCGAAACAGCAGAAAAAUCAAAGUAACCACCUGACCACCUGGGAUCUCAAAAAAUGGAGCAGUCCUGGAGAGAGAAGCAAAGGCGGAAAACGGCCUACUGACACACAGCUUCUGAAAAAAAAGGGAACCAAUCAAUCUGUCCCCAGAGGGAAAAUCAAAAAGAAAAAUUUAAGGAUAAAAUUAAAUUUACACCCCUUUAGAAAAGUCAGAGUUUAUCCAGAAAAAUCCUUGUCAGAACUUCCAAAGAAAUGCAAACAAGUAUUGUCACCUCCUAAUAAAUUAUCCAAAGCUUCUGAGAAAGGAGCCAAAAUAAACCUUCUGUCAUCUGCAGAUUUCCCCCGAAAGCCAGAGACUAACAACUAUGUUGCAAUCAUUUCAAAGACGCUGCCUCUCAAACAGGCCCCGGAUCAGACCCCAUGCUACAAAAAACACACUAAGAAGUCUCCUCUGCUCAAUGCUAACAACUUAUCUUUGGCCAGCCAGAGCUCUGUGGGAGGCGGCUGUCACCUUCCUGGUCACAUUCCUGAUGGAAGCCCAGCAAUGUCGCCGGGGCUCACUCCCAAUGCAGCUGAACACGGGCUCACACACACUCAGUUCUCAGCGGAGCAAAAGGAAAGUGUAACUCACUUCACACUGGCAGCUUCCAGGUAUUUACCAGCUUCCUGGGAAAAUACAGGAAGUGACAUGUUGGCAUUUUGCCCUUUUAGGGGGGCUGCUGACCAAGGGGCAGUAGAGCCCACUGAACACACAGAACGGGACAAUUCUACAUCCAAGGAGCCAGACCAGUUUUCUUCUUCCUUGGAAAACCAGACACAAAUCGUCGGUGACCAUACGACUGAGACCUACAAGGAACACACUGUGGAUCAAAAUCAAAUGUUACCACGUGGAGUGUACCACUCAAGUAAUGAACAACCUGGAAAUGAAGACAAAACAAUGACCAAACCUAAAAUGUCACAUCAGAUUAUGGAACAUUGUACUAUGGAGGAGGGAAAUGAUGUAGAAACAUAUGAUUCCUCUCUCAGUCCCCGAACACAAUCCAAGGACAACUUAACGUUUACGAAGACAGAUUCUAUUCUGCACCAAAAUAGAAAAGAACUUCCCAAGGAUAUCGGUACUUCUAUUAGUACUCAGGACAGUUGGCAUCUAACCAACAGUAGCAAAAAAAAACCUGACUGCACAGAGGCAUUGCCCAGAGAUGCUGGCACUGAAGCCCCAGAGAUAAAAAUAGUAGGGAAAGAGGAGGAAGAAAUGUCUGAUAAAAGCAAGGCAGAUUCUAGUAUGGUAAAUCACAUACAACAGAUGACCUGAAAAGGCACCAUAAAAGCAAAGCAGCAAACUGGGGAAAAUGGAAAAAGUAAAACUCUUAUAUCAUAUGGUUCAAGUUCUGUUGAGACGACUACUACAGCUAAGGACUUAAGUAUCAUGAGUUCCCCUGAAACCGAAAAUAGACUACCUCCUAGUGAAACAGAUCUUCAAAUAAACAGUAGCAUGCAUGACUCGAGAGAGGCUCAACAUAUUCAACCAGAUAAAGGCAACAGUGCACUCAGAGCAGGCGCAGCCACAGUGGCGACAGGUGAGGCAGUUCCCCUCUUACCACAGUUAAGAGACUUGAGUUUUGAGGCAGAAAAUGAGGUGCCUCUAAUUCCUAGAAGAAUAAAUGAAGCUGAAAACUCUGUUCUAAAACACACACUAUAUCCACCAUCUGCUGAAUAUGCUAACACAUCACCUUUACAGGCGGAACAAAGUGAACAGAACAACUCAAAUAAUCAUUUUCUACUUUAG